GUACUCAUUCUUGACAGUGUUGAAAAACAGGCAUGCUUGACUACAAUUGUCACGUUGAAAGCAAAUAGAAGUUGGGGAAUUGAUUGGAGCAUAUGGAACGUUAUUGUCCUUAACGUGUCGCCUACCUGAAUGCAAUUCGAUAGAAUAUUUUUCCGCAAAUAUUAAUACCGUCCUUGACCAACUAAGCGAACAAAUUCAAAAAUGAGUGACGUUUUUACAAGCAAACCAUUCUCUGAAACAGUACCCGAUGAAGCAGCAACAACAAACUACGCUUCUGUUGCGACUACUUUUCGUAGGGCUUCUGUCUCGCCGUAUCUCAAUUAUGAUUCACGGUACUUGCAGACACAGCCGGAGUUCAUUUUUCCCGAGGGUGCCAAUAAACAGCGUGGACGCUUUGAGCUGGCUUUCUCGCAAAUAGGAACUUCGGUGAUGGUUGGUGGCGGUAUCGGAGGUAUGGCGGGCAUUUAUAAUGGUUUCAAAGUCACCACAGUGCUGGAACAAAAGGGAAAAUUGCGACGAACACAGUUAAUCAAUCAUAUUAUGAAGCAAGGUUCGGGGACGGCGAACACUCUGGGUACGCUAGCAGUUCUGUAUUCGGCGUGUGGUGUACUUCUACAGUUUGUCCGAGGGCAGGAUGACCAUAUUAACACUUUGAUUGCGGGGUCUGCCACUGGAUUGUUAUACAAGUCCACAGCUGGCAUGCGAAGGUGCGCAUAUGGUGGCGCUGUCGGGUUGGGCAUAUCGUCACUCUAUUGCCUAUAUCUGCUGGCGCAAGAAAAUAGCACGAGCUCAAGAGUCAAAUUUCUGUAAAUGUCUGAAAGCUAUAGUUGUGUAAUUGCGUAUAGAUUGUAAAGACAUUUUGGCGUUAUAACGUUGAACUUCGUUUUAUAUACAUUUAUUUAUUUAGUUAUUCGUAAAAUUUAUUCCAUUGAAGAUAAAGCCACACAUUGCCUUACACAA